AUGGCAACCACGCUUUCAGGACUUGACUCUGUCAGGCACCUCGUCAACUCGGACGUGUCUUCCGAAAGGCCGUCGCGUUGGUCUGACACCAACAUUGAGCGACCUGCUUUGAUCCUCACACCCAAGACCGAGGAAGAUGUCCAGGCCGCUCUUCAGGUUGCCAAAACCAACAACCUUAGCGUCGUAGCCAGCGGCGGAGGCCACGGCACCUUUGUCACUGUGAGCCCCAAGACGCUAUACCUGGACAUGAAAGAGUUCAAAACCAUCGACUUGAAUAAGGAGAAAGGAACAGUCCGAGUUGGCGGUGGUGUUGUUACCGGGGAGUUGUCCAAGACCUUGGCUAAAGAGGGUUACUACACUCCCCUUCCCAACUCCAAUGCCGUUGGAGUCGUGGGGUGCGUGAUUGGAGGAGGCAACACGCCGUUGAACGGUCUUCACGGAUGGAUGGCUGAUGUUGUCGUUUCGUUCCGCAUCGUUACUGCUGGAGGGGACAUCAUUGAGGUCAGCUCUUUAUCAACAGGAAAGGAGCUUACACUCUUCAAUGCUCUCUGCGGAGCGGGUCACGGGUUGGCAGUCAUCACGUCCAUCGAGACAUCUGCCUAUGCUAUCGCCGACCUCAACCUGCCAGAAGGCAAAGUUUGGACUCGAUCGCUUGUGUUUCCGGUAGCAGCCAUCGACACAGCUGCACAGUUGUUCCUGAAUCUUCUACGUCCUCCCCCGGCCGCGAGCAUCACCCUCCUGGGUAUGCGCAGCCCACCGGGUACACCAGCAGCCGGAGCCCCCAUCCUCGUCUUGGGAUAUUCAUACUUUGGUCCUACCGAAGAAGCUGAGAAGCACGCCGCCUUGUUAUUCCAGGAAGACGUGGUAAGCAAGGCUGUCAUGGCGAACACGCUGUUCGUUCCCAUGGAAAACAUCAAUGACAAGCUUGAUCCGCUCAACACACACGGUGGGCACAAGGCGAUUGCUUCUUGCCGUCUGGAAAAGACAAACACUGAAGUCAUCAAGAAAGCUUUCCAGCUAUGGCUUUCAGUCACGACCAAAUAUCCUGAUUCUCAAAAGAGCCCACUGGCGCUUUCUUCACUCAACAGCACGAAGCCAACAGAGCUUGGCCUAGGAAAUUCAGGUUCUGCCAAGUUCAUCGAGGGUCGGAACAGGGAUAUUUCCGCCCAGAUUGUCACCAUCUGUGAGAAGGAGAAGACAAUGGCUGCCCUCACUGGGUUCAUGGACGAUACCGUCGCUGAACUCAGAAAGGGUGAUCCAGGGACUGUUCCGAGGAGUUUUCCCAACAACUUGCGAUUUGGAAUCAACUUGGAAGAAAUGUUUGACAAGGAGAGGUUGGCGGAGCUGAGAGAGGUCAAGAAGCUGUGGGACGCUGAUGGCCUCUUUUGGAGCCCUUUUGAAGUAUAG